CCGAUUUGUAAGACUAGCUUAACCAGUCAACUGUCAGAUGAUCAUCACAUUUCCUGAAUUUGUUUACAUGCGACGUUUUCUUCGUUAUUCUUUAAGUUGAUACAGUUGCUCAUGUCUUACAAUGGCUUAUAGCAAUGAAGACAUGGCUGGCUCGUACAGCGUAUCAUUUCCUAAGGGUUUUGACUAUGGCCCAGAGGGGGAGGGGGAAGGAGAGAGUGGCGGGGCCUUACAGGAGCAGAAGCCAAGGAUCCUCUUGAUGGGCCUCCGCAGAAGCGGAAAAUCUUCCAUCCAGAAAGUUGUUUUCCACAAAGUUUCUCCCAAUGAAACAUUGUUCCUUGAAAGUACAAACAAAAUUGUCAAAGAAGAUGUGACAAACUGUUCAUUCUUUGUUUACCAUGUCUGGGAUCUGCCCGGGCACCUGGAAUACUUUGACAGCACCUUUGACCCUGAAAUGAUAUUUGGUGGCUGCUGUGCCUUGAUAUUUGUUAUAGAUGCUCAGGAUGAUUAUAUGGAUGCACUUACCAAGCUACAUAUAACAGUGUCAAGGGUCUAUAAAAUGAAUCCAAAAAUCAAAUUUGAGGUCUUUAUACACAAGGUUGAUGGUUUAUCAGACGAUCACAAGAUUGAGGCACAGAGAGACAUUCAUCAACGAGCCACUGAAGAUUUAGUGGAUGCUGGCCUCGAAAACAUCCAUUUAAGUUUCUAUUUAACCAGUAUAUAUGAUCACUCCAUAUUCGAGGCCUUCAGCAAGGUAGUCCAGAAAUUAAUUCCACAACUGCCAACUCUAGAAAACCUGCUUGAUAUUUUCAUUUCAAAUUCAGGGAUCGAAAAGGCGUUUCUGUUUGAUGUGGUCAGUAAAGUGUACAUUGCCACAGACAGUACCCCGGUCGAUAUGCAGUCCUAUGAGCUAUGCUGUGAUAUGAUUGAUGUAGUUCUAGAUGUCUCCUGUAUAUAUGGAGAAAUAGAUGAAAUGGAAUACCAUGGCCUCAGCUCCGGAAGAAUUAGCCCGAUUAGUUUCCAUAGUGACGAUAGUGAGGACGAAGAAGUACAGCUUUCAACAGACAGAAUAAAGGAGGACAAUGGUUCAAGCCAGAUGAGUUCGGUCAUCAAACUGAACAAUGGUACGGUCAUGUAUCUACGAGAGGUUACCAAGUUUCUUGCACUUGUUUGUAUACUACGCGAGGAUAGCUUCGAUAAACGGGGCCUAAUAGACUUUAACUUCUGGAACUUCCGGCAAGGAAUUGAGGACGUGUUUGCAUUGAGAAACAAAAAAGUGUUGGAAAACGGGGACGUUGCAAUAAAUGGUGUAAAAGAAGGACCUUGAGGGUCGGGAGAAUGUAUUCGAGGUGCAUUGAACUGUGACCUUUUUUGUGUGAAUUUAUUUUUAGCUCAAAUGUUUUUCCAAGAAAACAAAUGGGGUAUUUUUGUUAUGGGCUUAGUGAUGUCGUUGUGCAAAAUAUUUAACCUUGUCAACCAAUCGGAACACCUCGGCCAUUUUUCAAACAGAUAUGACCUUGGAAAUAAUACGGGUCUUUUAUAAUAAAUGUUAUUUGUGUUUUAGGGAAUAGAAGUAGUAACAUUAUACUGGUCCUGAAAGUUCAUUUUCAAGUUUCUUCAAAGCAUAAAUAAGACACGAAACAUAAAUAUUCAUUUUAAUUAAUUGUUUUCGUUAGCGAAUGGGUCUCCUUGGUAUAAUGAUAGAGGAGUAAAUUGCUCGUGGCCUCAUCACAUUUUUGUAUAUCUUGAGGCCUGAUUAUCAGGUCUAUCCCAAGCUCGCUGGAGAUGGUCGAGUUGUUACGAUUGCCUGUCAAUAACUCACAAACUGUUUCAAGAUAUUGAAAUGAAACUUUGUACACAUGUUGGCACAGACAAAUUACACCCAUAAAUCUGGCUUUAAUAAUUGUGGAGUUAUGCCCCUUGUUUGAUGGCAAAAAACAACAACAGACAAGUGUUAGUGUAUGCUCUGCAGAGUUAGUCUCAAUUUAUUGUGAAUGUUAGGGACUGAGAAAGUUAUUUGUGAAAGUUACUAAGUGCGGAAACGUUUUUUGGAAUCUUAUGAGAGUUAUGAAUGGUGAAAAGCAUUAUGAAAGUUAUAAAUUAUGAAAGUCAGGAGCUAUGAAAAAGUUGUGAAAUGUGAAUCCUUAUGAUUAUGAAAGAUGUUGGAAGUAAAUGAGACGGAUGAUCAUUGUUAGCAGAACUGUGGCUUAUCAGCCAAGUUGUGAAAAUAAAUGCAUUAUUAAAACUUUUGAAAAUGGUAAAAAUUUGUGGCAAAGGGGGUUGAAAAGAGUCAGGCUUUGCCCCUGAAGCUGGGAAUACAGUGCUGAAAAUGGAUAUCUUUCUGUAUUAGGUGCAUGUUCAACUAAUAUGUUUUUGAAAACAUAUGUCAUAAGAAAUCAUUGUUCCUUGAUAAACACAAAGAGUUUAUGUAUAUAUUAUAUGUGUACAAGGGUUUUGUUCAGUCCUCAGAUGAUGGUCACCGCAUGAGAGAAAUGACACUGAUACUCACAAAAUGCCAUUAAAACAUUUAAUUGGUGAUUUAACAUACAUAUAUGAAAAUAUAUAUGUGUUUGAAGGCUUACCGGAAACAAACAUAUUCCAUAAAAUAUAAUAGGAAAAUCACAGGGAAAAAAUAUCUGUCUCCUCCGCGGGGAUAGAAUACAGGUAGCUGGAUUGCCUGUUCAGUAUGCUAACCGCUACACCAUCAUAUUGCUUUACCAUGUAAACAUCUGUCUGCAGUUGUGUAUCAGUUAGCAUUAUGGACCAGAAAUCGACCAACUCCAGGUGCCAUGAUUAUGAACGGCCUUAAGUCCAAGUUCAAGAAAAGUGCUUAAACUUUAUCACAAAGAAACAUCUUUCUUUACAUGUAACAUGUACUUGUUACAGCUGUGCAAUUCCAAAUGAUAAAACUACCAGUAAGCAAAGUUUCAUCAUCAUUACUUAGCUAGAAUGGAAGUAACAUUGAAUUAAAGAUUUGAGAAAUAAGAGACUUGAGACUCAAGAGACUUGAGACUCAAAGGACUUGAGACUCAAGAGACCUGAGACUCAAAGGACUUGAGACCCAAAGGACUUGAGAUUCUUCUUAAUCGUGGACCCAGUUCAAUCCCCAGUUGCAGCGGUUAAUCUUUAACUGCCAUAUUUUUGUGUUUAAAGACAACAAGUUUGAUUAAAAUAUCCAUAAUUAAUAUAUUUAAGUUUUACUGUUUUAAUAAUGUGUUAACUUGUAAUGAGUUGAAGAUUUGUUUGUUCUGUAGAUAAAUUGUAUAAAACUGUAAAUUCAUAAUCAUUUGUUUAUUCACUUGUUAAAUUGUUAAUAAAAUCAGGGUUUUUUUUAACUUGAAUUCAAUCAUAAAUUAUGUCAAGAAAUCUGCUGUGGAUGAAUGUUGAGUUAUAUGCAUGUUCAAAGUGAUAAUCUUAUUUUAAAGCUGCACUCUCACAGAUUGAAGGUUUUGACAUUUUUUUGUCUUGGAAUGAGCCAAUUUAUGUGAAAAUACUUGCAAACCAGUUAUAUAAGACUGCUGACCAAAAAUAAGAUCGCAGAUUUUCAUAUCUAAGUUCAAAAAUUGAUGUUUUAUGCAUUUUUCUUAAACCGUUAGUAACGCUUUAUUUGAUAAAUCAUUAAUUUUCAAAAGAAAAUAUGAAAAUCUGCGAUCUUAUUUUUUGUCAGCAAUCUUAUAUCAUUGGUUUGCAGAUAUUUAUGCAAAAUUUUCCUCUUUCCAAGACAAAAAUUUGUAGAAAUGGUAAAUCUGUGAGAGUGCACCUUUAAGUUUCAUCUUUUUUCAAAUAAUUAUUUUCUUUAACCUAUAUUGUGCGCCUUUAAAGGAACAAGCAUUAAUGGUUUACACUGUCACAGCCGACUAGGUUGAAAUCUAAAGCUGUAUGAUUGGUGGUUCAGGAAUAUUGUGAUAUGGAAGUGAGAAGGGAAGCACAAACAUUCAAAUGCCUGUAUCGCAAUUUCCCAUUGUUUCUCUGAUCAAUAUGAUGCCAAUAUAUCUGCAAUAUGCCAAUAUCUGUCUUUGCUUUUAUAUUUAGCUCUAACCAGGGCUACAUUUUGUUUGUGCCUAUGCUCCAAACAAAACACUAAAAUCUUAUCAGAGCACUCGCCGAAUGGGCAAGGUCAGAGGGCGAGUACAAAUAAGCUUACACACCACAACCAAAAGUACCAACUUGCCUGUUAAUAUUUAUAACAACUAGAAAAAUUUACUUUAUUGGUAAUUAAUUUUUAUUUCUAAAUAAUAUUGUUUAUAUUAAGCUAGAUGAUGCUAAGAUUUGAAAAUAAUGUAUGAUAAAAAGCAUGUUUGUUUGAUAUCGCAUACUUUUUUUCUUCUGCAAUAUUUUUUAGACAGUUUAUAUACCAAUGUAAUUCAUUUCAAACUUAUGAUUUUCAUUUGCCAUGCAAAGUGCAAAUACUGUAAUAUAGUACCAUCAACACCAACGCUGCCAUAUUGCUUCCAUAUAUUAUUUUUACAUAUAGGGUUUUAUUGCUCAAAUUAUAUCAUUUUGAGACAUUUUUAGCUCUACUGGCCAAAAGCCAGAAGUGCUUUUGCGAUGGUAAUGUGUACGUAGUAUGUGCGUCUGUGUGUGCAUCAGUGUCAAUGGGUCUGUAAACAAUUGCUUGUGAACACCAUACAUACAUGCUCUGGAUUGAAAAUGACCACAAGAGCUAUGCCAGUAGAGCAUUGGCCCUCAUGGGCCUCUUGUUUCGUAUAUGUAAGAAAACCUAAGGCCAUGAUUCAAACAUAUAUGUUUUUUUCUCUUGCUCAGUGCUAUUCCAUUUAAACAUAAAAUCCCGGGGGGGGGGAGGCACUAAAAAUAAUACCCCCCCCCCCACAGGAGCAAAUUUACCCUUUUGGGGUCCAAAUUAACAAAAAAGACACCCAAUAAUUGCCUUCUCCCCGUGGGUUAUAUGUUUUACUGGUUUGCCCUCAGGCCACUGUGAACACACACAUCAGAAUAUAAGUUUUCAGUCUGACUCCUGUCACUGGGAACACGAAAGUCAAUUAAGGUUUGCCAAAAUGCAUGAUUGUCGUUGAACUUUAAAAAAUGAAAUUGUUAAUUUGCACAUAUUUGUAAUGCUUUGUUAUCAAUUUUUAAUGCCACUCUGUUUAUUUCUCAUUUGAUAUUUGUUGAUAAUUAUUGUUAUGAUUUGGAUAUUUAUAUGACUAUGUAA